AUGUCGGUAUCUUUUGCUCCAGAGUGUACUCCUGCUAAAAAUGCUUACGACGACUGUUUCAACAAGUGGUAUACCGAAAAGUUUUUGAAAGGCAAAUCCAUUGAAAAUGAAUGUACCGAGUUUUGGGAUACGUACAUCACUUGUAUCAAUGCUAAUUUAGCAAAACAAGGAAUAAAACCGAUGCUAGAUAAAGCUAGGGAAGACCAACCUUUUAGUCACGAAGAAAUACAGCAAAGCUUGAAAGAGCUGGACAAACAAAGGGGUGAUGAGAACGGUGAUGGACCACCAAAUAAGAAAGGAAGGACAAAGGUCAAUUACAAUCUCAACCAAUUAUUCAAUGCACAAACUCAGGCCAACAAUGAAUCCCAAAACAGCGGCCCUUCAAAAUCAGCCCAACAAAUCCAGUUGGAGAAAGUGGUGCAAAAGAGGUUAGUGGAGUUGAGUCAAGAAUCUUCAGCCAAAGGAUUCGAGUUGCCUAAAAAUUUCACUUACACAAGUAUCCACUCGAACAAGGAUAAUCGAACGAGCUCACAAAAGUCUAGACUAGGGAAUACACCAGCUACUAAGAGAAUCUUGGCAGCCCGCAGAAACUUGAAUCUGUACUACGAAGAGGAGCGGAAUCUAAUUUCAAUCAAUACAAUCCUUUCCUCGAGUUUUCAAUUCAUUGACGUCAUUGACAUUAAAGAUUCUAAAAAUACGACUACGGAAAGAUCAAGACCAAGGCUAGUACAGUUUGCAAAUUUGGCGUCAGUGGCGUAUUGCGUAACCAAGGGGCUUUCAACGGGUGUUUUGAGUGAUCCAGACACGCACUGUCCGUUGAAUGCCUGCAAAAAUUCAAUCCUUCAAGAUGUCGAGAUUGUGCGGAUUUUUGACUUCAACAGGUUGAAUGAAGUUGGUACCGGGUUUUACGCUUUGGACCAUCGACGGAAAGCUAUCAUAUUAGUGUUUCGAGGAUCAGCAUCGCGACGUGAUUGGGUUACUGAUUUGAACUUUUUCCCAAUAAAGUAUACGCCCAUAGUUUAUGAUGAGAAUUUCAAGGAUGGCGUACCCUUCAUUCACAUGGAAUGCAAAAAUUGCAGAGUGCAUCGCGGGUUUUACAACUUUCUUAAAGAUAAUUCGGGUGCAAUAAUCAGUGCAGGUGUGAAGAUGAAGCAAGAAUAUCCCGAUUAUCAAUUCUUGAUUGCGGGUCAUUCGCUAGGUGCUGCAUUUACAGUGAUGAGUGGGAUUGAAUUUAUGUUGUUGGGUUAUGAUCCAUUAGUUGUGACAUUUGGAGGUCCCAGAGUUGGGAACCAAGAGUUUGCCAAUUUUAUCGACACAAUUUUUGAUUCAGAAGAAGUUGCAAAGGAGAUAGAAAAUAGCCACGAUUUUUCCAGAGGGUUCAUCAGAGUCGUCCACAGACAUGACAUAAUACCCUCCUUACCUCCCAUGCUCGCACAUGCUGGCUAUGAAUACUUUAUAGACAAACGAGAUCUACCGCACGAGGAAUCAGAUGUUGACAGAAGGGGCUUGGAUCACAGUGGGUUUUUUGGAAAGCUAGAUGUUGCAGUACAAGCAACAGGCUUGAAGGACCUCAACAUCAAGCCAUCUACAUUUUGGCCAAACAAAUUGGGCAAGUUCGAACACACCCAUUAUUUUAGAAAAAUUACAAGUUGCCAGCACUAA